GAAUAACUGUUUCUGUCUUCAACGCGUACGGUUCGUUUUACGCAUAAAAUUAAAUGCAAUAAUAACAAACAAAAUUAUGAAUACUGCUAUGCACUUGAGUGUAAAUAAUAUUUGACGAAUGUACAAAUGAUGAAUUAAAGAAAAGCGAAUAAAACAAAACCAAUUUCGCCAAGAAGAAAAGCAACAACAAAAGUGAACCACGUGCAGUGCUACGCUCUUUUUGCUCGGUGUCUCUCUCUCUCUUGCUCUCACUAGUACGCGUGUUUAUUGUUGUUGUAGCGGCUGCUUUUUGCAUUGUUUAUUGCUCUGCUGCUGCCUCCCCCCGCCGGCGACACCAACAAAACCAACCUUGCCGGCUUUAAUUUUUGUUUUGUUUUUGGCCUGGCACUUGAUUUUAUUUGGAUUUGGAUUUAAUACAAAAAACCACAAAACAGAAACUACACAAAAAUGGUCCAGGCACUUGAUUACGAUUGUGAAGUCCAAGGACAACAGGACAUUCCACAGGCCAUUCAACUCUUGGGUGAAAUGAACAGCAAUGUCAAACAGGUCACAGAUCUGGUUGAGGGAAUGCUGCAACGUGUCAAAAGCGGUGAACUGACCACCGAGUAUGGACUGAGUUUUCUGGAAGUCAAAUAUCAUAUGCUGCUCGAUUAUUUGAUUAAUCUCACUUAUGUCGUAUUACGCAAAUGCUCCGGCGAGACAAUCGAGGGGGAUCCUUCAAUUGAGCGUCUAAUUGAGAUACGCACUGUGCUGGAAAAGAUACGACCCAUAGAUCACAAGUUGCGGUAUCAGAUCGAUAAGUUGGUCAAAACAGCGACCACUGGAGUGUCGAGCAGUACAGAUCCCACACUCUAUAAACCAAAUCCAGAUGAGAUGAUGAGUGCAGCAGGAGCCAAACAUGGUGAUGAUUCAGCUGAUGGCCAGGACGACGACGAAGAUGAUGAAGACGAUGAGGAGGAUGGCAGUGACAGUGAGGAGGAGGAUGAUGAAGCCGGAGGAGCAGCAGCAAAGAAGCCACGCAAAGCGGCAACAGCUGGCAAAACAGGUGUCUAUGUGCCGCCACGUAUUAAGCCAGUUUUCUAUGAUGGCGACGAACGGGAUGGCGAUAAGGAAAAGAAGGCAUUAGAACGUGCCAAAAAGAGAGCUAUCACCGCCUCCAUGAUGCAGGACCUGAAGGAGGAAUGUCUGGACGCCCCAAUUGAGAUAUCUUCCGGCUCACGUGCCCAACAAAUUUUGUCUCAAACUCAAAAGGAGAGACAAGAGUACGAGGAGACCUAUUUAAUGCGUCUGCCAGUGACAAAGGCAGACAAACAUCGUCAACGCAAGCUAACCACUUUGGGCACAUUGGGUGAUGAAAUUCUCGGUGAAAUCAGCCGAGAAUCGGCUCUACGCGGUGAUGGCAGCAAAAAGCGUAAAUUGGCCAAAUCUCGUGGUGGCAAGGGCAAGAAACGUGGCGGUAAAAAGCGAAAAUUCCAUUAAAGGGGCCAAAGUACCAAAUAAAUUAUGUAUCUAUAAGUUUCUAUUGAUUUAUUUGCUUUAAUCAUUUCUCAGUUAUACAAAAGUUUUUGAUAUUUUAACACAUUUAAAUUUUAUGAAUUGUUUAAACUAUUAAGUUUUUUUUCCUUGUCUUUAUCUCAAUUAAAGUUUUCUCUUUACAUUUUCUUUCCAAAAA